AGUGAUGUUUGGCUGCUAGCCGCCAUUUUGUCCAUGUAUUGAAGGUGGUCUUGUUGUUUUAAUUGGUGGUCGUUCUACUUUUAAUGUUAGGGUGUACCAGUUGGUUUGUGGUCUGUUUAUGUACGGACACAGUUGCUGUAAAUUCGUGUUUUGUUGAAACUAUAGAUGAGUUUUCGCAAAAUACUAUUAUAGAAACCAUGACUGAAAUGGCUGCAGUUUAAAUCGCACGGUAUGUUCAGGCUAUCGAAGUAGGUGUUUGUUUACGUUUGUAAUACCUUAGAAUAUCUAAUAUUACUGCUCGACCUACGUGUACGUUCUUUCAGUUAGCUCCAUUUUGUUGGCGUAUUCGAGGUUACUCUCCCCGACCACAUAGUCUUGCACCGUUCUGGUUAUUCUGAUUCGAAUUUUCGUUAAUAACUGCUGGCCCGGAGCCUUCUUUAGUCGUUUCUUCUUAAGUGUUUGCUCUAAUAGCGAGUAUUGGUUUAAAAUUCUAUCACUAAGUCCUGCAACCUGUAAAGACAUGUUCUUGAUUUAAUUUUAGUAUGGUAUCGAGGGCCCUCGAGAACUUACACGUUCUGCAUUGCACCCGAAGAAAACACUAGCGGGUGGUAGCACGGUGAGCUACCAACUCAAAUUCAAGAUGCAAGAAUGUGAACCACGUCUAUUGCACAAGACCUGAUUAUUCAAUUCAGCCACGCGGGCCCUAAUGUAACUUCCUGUUCAUAUAUGAAUGGUUCACUCAUUUCGUCCCAACUGUUUUGUCUGUCUGUCUGUUUUCGACAUAGAACUUUGCACAAAUGUGCGGAAGUUCAAGUCGCCACAUUCCGUGUAGCACGCGAAGCAAGAGAAGAAAGUACAAGAAAAGCAUAAUAGAAACAGUGAGCAGAGGUGUGAGACAACUGUUUUAAUUUUAAGCGGUCCAAACUAGUGUCAUCCUGCAAUCGGUUAACACUUUGACUUGAUUUCGCAUGUGUAUUGGUUACGUAAUACCUCAGAGAUUUCGGUUUUUAUUUCGGAAAGCCGUGCAGUUCAGUCUAGUUGAGAAGCACGUAAUUGGUUUUCCGAACUGUACGCUUAUGUAGUGCCGUACAUAAUUCUAAGUUUUCUGAGUGUUCAAAUUUUAUUUCUUGGUUACUCGUGCCACUACUGAAUCUCCACUGGUUUUCUUUACAUUCAGUUUGCGAAAUAAGUAAAAACGAUCCACUAACUUUUUAGAUCGGGAUAUUGCACGAUAAUUUAGCUGAAGAUGUCUGAUCAGUUGGUUGAUUCGAGUGAAACGUCAGCGUAUAUUGCAAAUGCUGAUGGUACCUACACUGCUAUACCACUAAGCGCAACUGAAGAUGGACAAGUAGUUUUACAGUUGGACGGAAUGGGAUUAUCUAACGAGGGAGAAGAAAUGGUUCUGAUUGCGGCUGAUGACACGGCGACACUGGAAAGUUUGAUCGCUUCAGGUGCUGUCACAGCUAUUGCGACUGAAAAUGGCACAGAGUAUCUGCAGUUCGCUGACCCCAGUAUGGAAGGAACACAAGUAAUUGAACUACCAGCAGAUCAAAUGCAAAUUUGGGAUCCAAACUCAAAAGCGUAUUAUGACCCAGGCUUCGUUCAAUCUAAUGGUGUAACUUACCGCUGUCCAUCGUGUCCGGCAAUGUAUGCCAAUGCUAAUGCUUUUACUAAGCAUAUGAGAGAAAAGCAUUUCGUUAAAGUAUAUACGUGUCGGCAAUGUGAAGAGUUUUUUGAGACCCUCAGUCAACUAUUCCUUCAUGCUCGACGUAGUCAUGUCGAUCCCAAAAAGCCAAAGAGAAAUCCUGCUAAUUUCAAAUUUCAUUGUGACCAGUGCAACUACAUGACAAAUAAUGGCGGAACCAUGGAACAUCAUAAACGUGCUCACACUGGAGAGAAACCUUUUGUAUGUGAUGUUUGCAAUAAACGGUUCGCACAAAAAGCCAACAUGAAAACACAUCGGAAUCGCCAUAUUCAUCGUGAUAAAAUAUUUCGUUGCGAUACCUGUAAUAAAGCCUUUUCAUCGUAUGACAUUUAUCUUGCUCACCUGCGGACAAGAGAACAUGAACUUCGUGAGCACUUUGCUAUGAUGUCUUCCUCGCAAUUAUCUUUAGAAUGCUGUGGAUGUGCGGUUACCUUCGACAGUAUAUACAAUCUGAAUAAACAUACACGAAACUGUCGGGUUGUACGUACUCUUCAAACUAAAUUUCGAUGUUUACCAUGUAAUGCUUAUGUGAGUGACGUGGCAUCACUAAAAGCCCACGUUAAAGCUCACGAAGGCAGUCAAAUAAUAUCAUGUCCAGUGUGUGGUGAACGUGGAUUCCCUGGCUUCAAUCAACUGAAUCAUCAUAUAACAAGAGCUCAUGCUUUGAAAGUCAAUCGUCGUCACGUCUGCCGUUAUUGCGAAUCAACAUUUGAGGUAAAAAAAGAAUUAGAUACGCAUAUCCGCAACAUGCAUGCUGAAGAACGUAAUGCACGUCAGUCAAGAGGAGCAGUUGGCCGCCUUAAGUGCCGUUAUGGUCAUUGUGAAUUCACAACAAAUUCAAUCAUGCUGUUGGAUCGACAUCAUGAUCAACAUCGACGUCAAGAAGAAGAUGGAGAAGAUGGUGGUCUUGAACUGCCUCCUGCUCGCUACUCAUAUACAAAGCGAAGGAGACCGAAAAUAAAGUCGAAAAAAGCCGACUUAUGGAUGGAUACGAAGAUGACGAGGAGGUAGAGACCGCUGGUGAAGGGGAUGAAGACCUAGGUGAUAAUGAAGGCGAUCUUAGUAAGGAUACUGGUGCGAAACGUAAUGUUAUGAGACGUACUAUCACACUUAUAAAGUCCAAUAAUCGGAAGGCACAAGGUGGGGAAGAAUACAUCACAACUAGUGACUCAAAAGAGGCGACUACAUCUACUCGUCGAAUAACCCGAGCUCGGCGUCUACCAGCGUGGUAUAAAGAUUAUGAUACCGACUUCGUAUUACACGAUGAAAGUACAAUAGAAAAGGAGGAAGUACAAGCUCAACUACCACCAGGUAUCGAACUAGAAGAUCCGUCUACAAUGGACAAAGCUGACAUCCCAACUGAAGAGUGGAAUAUUGUUGUAUAUGACGAUGAUGAUGAUGAUGAUGAGGAGGAGGAGGAGGAGGAAGAGGAGCAGGAGGAUGAAGAUGAAGAUAGUCCGUUAGAUUAUGAAGAUGAAGAUGUCAAUGUUUUGAAUGAGAGUACCGCUGACGUUAUGUUGGAUGAGGAUACUUUCUCAUGAAUGAAGAGUACUGAGCAUGUACAGAAACGAUUACAGUAUUAUUAUUCGUCUUUUAAGAUACAUAUGUACAGUCCCUGGAUCAUAUUUCACUUCAGUGUAUAAAAGGAAUUUGUGUCAUUUAUUAAAAUACUUAGUGUUAUUAUUUCAUAAAGCUAUUAUAAUCUAUCACGGUUUUCUCCAGAAUAUUCACUUCCUGUAUUUUUCUGUGUAAAAUGCAUUCACCAUGUUUUGCAUUUAGUUUUUUCAUCUCACAACAGCUGACAAAAUGCUUAUGCAAUACUUUGAUCUUUAUAACGUCUUAUAGGCUUGCCAUCUGCUCCAUGUGCUACUUGUGUUCAUUGAAUAAAUUGGCAGCAUUUCUACCAUAUUUU